UGCUUUUGUGGGGAUCUAAGUGACCCUUGUUUCUUGUGUCAGAAGCAAAGCAAAUCACAAUUCAUAUCGAUUGUACAUCACGCCGGAGAAACGAAACAACAAAGCAAAGAAAAAUGUCCGAUUCUGAGGAAACUGAAAACCAAUCGAGGGCCGUGGCUGUGCGCGUCCUGUUGAGGGAGUUCACGGAGCUGCAGGAGGGCAAGCUCGAGGGCUUCCACGUGAAGCUGGUCCGCGAGGGCGAUCUCUUCGACUGGGAGGUGGGGGUCUUCGGGCCGCCCCACACCGUCUACCACGGGGCGUACCUGAAGGCCUCGAUGCAGUUCCCCCCCGACUAUCCGAUGCAGCCGCCGGACUUCUUCUUCCGCACGAAGAUGUUCCACCCGAACGUGCACGCCAGCGGCAUGGUCUGCAUGUCGGUGCUCUACGACGGCUGCUGGAACGCCACCAUGAGUGCCCGCAGCGUGCUGCUGUCGGUGGUGUCGCUGCUGACGGGCCCCGACCUCGAGUGGCCCUGCGACAUGGAGGCCGCUGUGCUCUACAAUCGGUGGCGCGACUCGGACGGCACGGACAAGGAGUACCCGAAACGCGUGGCUCUGCAGAAGCACGACUGGGAGGAGAUGGCCCGUCUCGACGGGGUCACUGUCCCCGUAACCGUGGAGCAGUACUGCCGCCCCGGUCCCCCCCCAGAGCUGCCCGACGAGGAGGAGGACUUCGGCUUGGCCGACCUCGAAGAUUCGAACGAGAGCAGCUCGGCUUCAGAGGAGGACGGGGACGAGCCAGAGGAUGUCGAUAGCCAGUACGAGAAGAUCCUUUGGGAUGAUGUGGACUAAAUCAAGUUCGCAGCCCGCCACUUGCUAAUCGUUACUCGUUACUCUCUACACGCCACUAGCCACUAGCCAUCGGCCACUAGCUGCUCGCCACUCUCUGCUGUUGCCACCCGCUGCCACCCGCUCUUUACCAAGCAGCUUUCAAGCGCUUCUCAAACACACUUUAAGCACACCAACCAACACACACACACCUCUAAAUUCAAGGUACUGCACGAGGAUGCAUAAAAGGACAAUCCUUUCGCCAGAAACAAAGCACCCCAACGGUACCAUAAACACUGCACAAAUAAACCCCAUGCGCAAGGGAUGACCAAAAGCAAA